CACAACCACCACCACCGCCGCCGCUACGAUGCCAGCUCUCAGCGUCAAACCGUGCAGUUUCUCGGUGCGAGACAUCCUCGGCUUGCGGGACUCGGAGGACGACGACGGCGACUCCGCGUCGGAGAGCAGCGACGCGGGCGAGAGCGCAUCGGGGAUCGAACCUCGCCCCGGUGGCUCGCGGGGAGGCGAGAGACCGCAGGCCGAGGAGGAGGAGGAGGAGGCGGAGGAGGAGGAGGAGGCUCCCUUCCGUGGGUUCGAGGACGCCGGCGGCCGCAGGUGGCUGCGCGAGGCCGAAGACGACGGCGAUUAUUCGCUUCGCCGCUGCCAGCCGCUGCCUCUGCAGCUCCGCGCGGCGGUCGGUCACGAAUUCCCCGCUGGCGUCGGAAGCAAAAGCAGCAGCAGCGGCAGCAGCAGCAACGACAGCAGCCGCGGCGGCAUCCUCAUCAGCGGCAAGGACGAGCUGAUGAGGAUGCCACGUGGCGUUGGCGGCGGAAUUGGCGGCGCUGGCGACGCGGACGGAGACGUCGACGGGGAGGGCGUGGGCGAGGCCGCCGAAGAGGAGACGGAACUUCUGUCGUGCCGCGCGGACGAGGAGCCGGGCAAGAAGCGCAAACGUCGGGUGCUCUUCUCGAAGGCGCAGACGUUCGAGCUGGAGCGCCGCUUCCGCCACCAGCGCUACCUGUCGGCUCCCGAGCGCGAGCACCUGGCCAGCCUGCUCAAGCUCACGCCGACCCAGGUGAAGAUCUGGUUCCAGAACCACCGCUACAAGAUGAAGCGAGCGCGCGUCGAGCAGGGGAUACACGCGCUGCACGGCCCCGCGUGCUCCGCGCUGUCACCUCGCAGGGUCGUGGUGCCCGUGCUGGUCAGAGACGGAAAGCCGUGCGGGGCAAGCUCCACGGGGAUUUUAGGAGGCGGAGGACUUGCAGGUGGUGGUGGAGGAGGAGGUGACGGACGACUCGAUGGCUCACCAACGUCCUCCCUGCAUCACCACCACCACCACAACCACCACGGCCACAUGCCAUCGGUGGCGGCCGCGGCUGCGGCGGCAGCGGCGGCUGCAGCGGCCGCCGAAAGUCGCCUCCGGUUGCUGGAGGUGCAGCCCGAAGCGUUCCAGACUUGCAUCCCAUACGCGCUGUACGGCGCUCACCACGCCACCAAGUACAACCUCCACUUUAGCUACUGCGGCGCGGGGGUGGGCAGCCCCGCUUUGAAGAACGGUGCCAUCCUUCCGAUUCUGAAUCAUCAUCAUCAGCAGCAGCAUCAGCAGCACUGCCGGCAGAGCAAUUGGUAGGGACUUGAACAAUCAUCCGCGCGAUGAAGUGAACACGUGCGCUAAACAGCUGGCUCUGUCAUGCUACGUACUGGCUACACACAUGCAUGUGGAUAGCAUGUAGUAAGCCUCCAUCGCUGCACGCUACUGUAUAUAUAUAUAUACAUACACAUACAUACACGUGUGUAUGUAUGUGUAUGUAUGUGAGUGCAUAUGUGUGUGUGUGUGUGUGUCACAUCGCCGCUAGUGAUACAAAGGCGACCGAGCUUUGUGGUGGCCCACCCACCCUCUCGUGCGCCGUGCCGGCCUUCACAGGUACUCGCUAUAACAGCACUUGCCCCAAAACUUGGUUAAGGCUACAGGGGAGAUCGUUAUCUUUGCGUGUGUAUGUGUGUGGCGAGCGGUGAGUGUAAGUGGUUAACCGUACUGCGCUACGAACCCGACGACCUGAGUUCGAUUCCCGUUCACGGUCAAUGUACCAGUGGCGAAUAUUUGGUCAUUCCCUCUAGGUCGACUCAGCCUUAAAAUGAGUACAUGUUGCGGUGUGUAAAACAUCAGCACUGGGAGACAAAGACGGUCGGUCGUGGUGCCUGGUCACGUCACCUAAUCGGGCACCGUUCCAGCCUUCGUGGGUGCUUGGCCUAAACAGCACUUGCCCCAAUAGCGUGUAAAGGCUAUAGCGGGGGAGAUCUUUAUCUUUGUAUGUAUGUGAGUGAGUGAGUAAGUGUGUGUGUGUAUUAUAGUCGUGUAUGUAUGUAUCUAUAUGUACACAGUACACACACACAAACGAAAUCAACUUCUUUUAAUUAUUAUUCUGAGUUGAAAUGUUUAUGUCACCACCAAAUAUAAUUUCGCAUUACCGAUUUCACGAAUCGCAUUCCCCCCCAAGACAUAUAUAACGCUACCUUGGCAUCUCGCGACGAAAUACAGCGGCUAUGUGCAUAAUGUACUUUACCAACAAACAAAUCUAUAAUAUAUAUGAGAUGUACAUUCACGUAACAAUCCACGCGUUUUGCUGUGUAUAUAAAUGUAUAUUGCAAUAAUUGUACAAAUGUAGAUAACAUGCAUUCUCGAAAUAGAACAAUAAUUGGUCGUAAUAGUAGUUGCAAUAAUUAAGACACACACAACAACUAAAGUCGUGGAGACGUCAACCCCGGCGCUCGUGCCAGGCUAGGUGCACUUUGAGGAGGCCACGUGAAGUGUCGAUGGCUCAAUGCCAGGAAGGUCGUGGAACAGACCCUGCAGGUGCCAUGGGUUGACUGACUAAUCAACACACACAGACAGAGAGAGGUUCAUGAGUAAUGUGUUAACGUCAAAUAUAAUAAUAUCACAAUGAUCAACGUACAAUGGUCUACACGACACGUGCUGUGUGGUGGUGAUGAUUAUGAUGCUGCUGCUUUGGCCAGUAGUGCACAACCACAACAAAAACACAUUUGUCAAUAACACCGUGGCCUUAAAAGUAAUAUUUAUAUUAAAAUAGUCGACGUUUCAGGCAAUGGCACAUUUUUCAUGGCAAAUAGAAAGACCGUUUGUCCGAAACGUCGCCUCUCCUUGUAUAUAUAUAUUCCGUUUAGGGGAGUGUUUAUUGACGCAUGUGUUGAGAGUUUGUAGCGUGGGAUAUUUUCUUGAUAUAUGAUUUGUAAUUCAAUGACGACGGCUACUUUCAGCAUCAAAUACUAAUUUCGUUAAGAUCUAUCGGAUGUACAUGAGUGUAUAUGCCUUUGUUUUGUUCACAUUGCUUUAGAGGGAGAGGCUUAUGAUAGGCAUAUUUUUUUGUUAUACGUACAUAUACGCACACAUACACAUAUAUAUAUAAAGGUUCAAGUAAUAUCCGUCGAAUUCAGCCGUCAUUGGAUUUUUUUCAAAGUAUAAUUUCCUUUGGGUUGGCA